UAUCUGGUAAAUGCCAGCUCAGAGAGGAUGCUGUAGCACAGACGCCGUAUUUGUCGCUACUUCGGAUGAAAUAAUGUCCGUAGCGGCUGUUUAUUAUGUACAGAUGUGAACGUAUGUGUAAAGCAGUGUUAAGCUUAGUGUUAAGGUCAGUUGACAGUCUGAGUGGGCGUGGCCUGUUUCCAAGCCGUUAUGCUAGCUGAUAUUGUGAUGUGCAGGAAAUCGGAUGGCUCUUGUGUGUUCACUGCUGUUCCUGCGAGCUGAAGAGAAAACAUAACAUGUCCACAACAUCAUGAACCUAAAAAAGACCAGAAAUGAUGGGAUCGGAAAACAAGAUGCUGACUCAAAGAGGAAGAGAAAGACGGCUGAGAUCACACAGGCUCUGAACGCAACACCGGUCGACGUGGCCACACUAAGGAGGAUGGCCAUCAGUGAAGGAGGGCUCAUGACCGAUGAGAUCCGCCGUAAAGUCUGGCCGUGGCUACUGAACGUCCCUGUAGAGAACAUCCCUGAAAAACUUGAUGAUGUGAAUAGAGAGAAUGAUAAGGACUAUAACCAGGUGCUCUUGGAUGUACAAAGAUCCCUGAGACGCUUUCCUCCAGGUAUGCCUGACGAUCAGAGGAUGGGACUGCAGGAAGAGCUGAUCGACAUCAUCCUGCGCGUGCUGCAAAAUAACCCCCAGCUGCACUAUUAUCAGGGCUAUCACGACAUCGUGGUAACCUUCCUGCUCGUGCUGGGAGAACGCCUUGCCACUGCGCUGGUGGAGAAACUCUCCACACACCAUCUCAGGGACUUUAUGGACCCCACCAUGGACAACACAAAACACAUCCUCAACUACCUUAUGCCGAUUAUAGAGCGAGUCAACCCAGAGGUGUACGACUUCAUGCAACAAGCUGAGGUGGGCACCAUCUUCGCCCUGAGCUGGCUCAUUACCUGGUUCGGCCAUGUAUUAUCAGAUUUCCGGCAUGUAGUGCGGUUGUACGAUUUCUUCUUGGCCUGCCAUCCACUGAUGCCAAUUUAUUUUGCUGCUGUGAUCGUGCUGUAUCGAGAGGAGGAGGUGCUGGACUGUGAGUGUGACAUGGCCAUGAUGCACCACCUGCUCUCUCAGAUCCCUCAAGACCUCCCCUACGAGACCCUUAUCAGUCGAGCCGGAGACCUUUUUGUACAGUUCCCUCCAUCCGAGCUAGCAAAAGGAGCAACUCAGGAGCGUUCUCAGCAAACGGCCGCGUCCACCUUCACAGACUUUGAGCUGGCCUCAGCGCAGCAGAAGCCUGAAACCGUGCUUCGCCGCAGACAGAAAGAGCAGCAGCAGAAGGAGCAUGGCAGCACCAUCGACCCUCAGCGUGGCACCGUGGCCGUGAUUCGACCUGCUGCUCGACGGCUUGUCAGACUGGCAGUGAUGGGCAUCACCGUGGCACUGGGGGCUGCUGCAUUGGCUGUAGUGAACUCUGCUCUGGAGUGGGCACCUAAACUCAACCUCUUGUUUCCCUAACAUGCACAGACCGGACCUGUCUCUCAGGACAUUGGGACGGGCCGUAUUCAGUUUCUUUUUUUAUUUAUAUAUGUGAGGCCUAAAUAAUGUCAUACUAAGAGAGAUUACAACAAAGUGUUUUUCCCUCACAGGUUUAAGCUAAGGAGCAGGAUUGUUUGAUGAUCACACUAUUGAGCCAGAGCGGAACAGUACAAGAUUGUCAAAAAAAAAAUCACAUGUACAUGCAGCCUCAAACUAGUCAUUUUAUGAAUUCGGAAUCCAUCAUGAACGUUGUACAUCUCUAAUUUGACAGUUUGUAUGUUUUCUUGUGAUCAUGUGAUAUUCAUUUCGUAGAUUAGGACUUGUACAAUGGGUUUAUACUUCACUCUUUUACUAACACUUUCUGGGCCCAUCCUCUUGCCCCUACCUCCUUACCUUUAUGGACCCAUCCACAUGGCCACACCUUUAUCAUCUCUCUAAAGCUGACCACCCGGCCUCACUGCCUUACCUUUCUGACCCAUCCAUUUGGACUCACUCAUUCAUCUCUCAGAAACUGACCACUUUACCCUGCCUCUUUGGCUUUGUGGACCCAUCCACCUGGCCAUCCCAUCACCUCCUUUAAGCUGGUUUCACCACUUGGUUCCACCUUCUUACUUUUCUGGCUCAUCCAUUUGGACUCGGGCCUCAACGAGUAAGGUUUCAUAACCAUUAGUCGGAAUAAUAACCAGUUAUUCGGAAUUGUAGCAUUAAAGUUAUAGGCACAUAAAGUGCCAUUUAUAUUUGCAACAUUACCAUCGUAUCACCUUUGAUACGUAAGAUUUGUAAUAGGCAUAGGUUUGUACCUGCAAAACAGAUUAUGGUGUCACGCUUACAGUCACAGAUUCAAAAACCUAAAACGAUGGAUUAGAGAUUCAUAAGAUUACAGCGUAAACGUUGCAAUUACGAGUGCUGAAUGGAUCUAUUCGUUAUUAAGAGAAAGUGAAUUCUCUUUACAUUACAAUAACAUUGAGACCAAAAUCCUUUAUUUAAUAUAAAUCCCACCUUUAUAUUAGAAGCACUUUUUUUUUGCAGUUAAUAAAGCUAAUUAUUUUCAAUAUGUGCUCUUUAACUGAAUAUGAAUAAAUUGUCACAGUUUAUAUACACUUCGUAUACUCAAAAUACAAGAACAUUGAUGUUUCAUUUUAGGGUAUAUUAUGGUAUACCAUCAGAUUUGCUCAUUGUUAAAGAAAUCAGAGCUCGGAGUAUCACCCAGUGGCUGUUUAUCAUCCAAUGGCAUUUUUUUAUUUUUAUUUUUUUAUUUGAUAACUGCACACUCCCUUAAGAGACGUUGAUGUAAGAUUUGCUCCAUUGUUCUCUAAGCGAAUGAUGAGCUGUGAAACUGUAAUAAAUUAUUAACCAUUCAUAAAAAAGGAGAAAAAUGGCAGUUAUCAUUACAUUCAUUCACUGCAUGUGCACAAACACAACUGAACAAUGUGUGAAAUUAGUCUCAGCGGUCUGGAUGUCGUUAUUCUUCAAAGCCCGGCGAUCUUUCUUCCGAUGUUUUUUACAGUUCGGUUUACAAUUAAACCGACAGAUCAAAUAUUUUAUGCAACAAUCUCUGUUAUGCACAAUUUCUGUUCCAUUACAGAUUCUGUUCUGUAAGUGGAGGCAUUAAAUAAUCCUGUAUAAAACAUCAUAAUAUGUUAAGAGUAAAUUGCGGGACUGUUUUAGUUACUUGAUGGUAUGGUUAUAGAAUCCCUUAGUAACAUAAACGGUGCAUAAAUUUGAAGUGUUUUCACUAUUUUAGAUAUCAACACAGUCUAAUCAUCACUUUAUAAAUCAACUUAUAAGAUUAAGUUAUAUAUUGUAACACGUGUUUAAUCCGUAUGUUCGCUUGAUCCAUACCUUCGCCAUACUUUAUAGUUAUUAAUAAAAAAAUCAUUUUUGGUCAUUUAUUUGUACUGAAAAUUUAUUCUUUAUGUUUGCUGCUUGCACUUUGCUGAAAAAUCCUGGUCAUUCUUUUAACAACA